ACUUAUAUGGUAAAUUGACAUAGGUGAUGAGACAUGUCAAUGUAUUAUCAUUGAUUAUUGAUAUUUUAGUUUUAUUAGCGGUGUUUUAAACGUUUUAUUGAAAUUAAAUUUACAAUAAUUAACAAAAAUGGAUGAAGUGCUAAAAAAAUUUGGAAAUGUUAUGGUGGCUUCGGAGACAUGCGAUGAAAGCAAAUCAAUAUUUGAAGACUUAUAUAAAAAUUGGGGAAAAUUUAGAAAUCAGGAGGAAAGACGUAAACAAAUUCUCGAAAAACAAAAAAGUGACCGGAAUAGCAACUAUGACAAUAUUAGAGGCAUAUUGGAGUCAGUAAAUAGUGAAGAUGCAAACAACAUUUUCAAGACAAACAAGAUACAUUAUAGGCCUAAUAUAUUUGUAGCGGGAUUUCACAAAAUCCCGCUUACAUACAAAAAUGUUUUGAUGUUUUCUGAGUGGAUGAUUGAGAAGCCUGAGGAUUUUAAUGACAACUGGUAUGUUGUACCUUGCCCCAAAGGAGUGAGGAUGCUUGUUGUAGCCAGUAAGGGUUUAACAAAAUGUUACACAAAAUAUGGCCAAUAUCGGUUCGAAUUUCGCACAGCUCUUCCUGGCGGCAAUCCACGGGAUACACGAUGUAAUCAUUGCUGUGUAUUAGACUGUUUUUACUAUGAAAAGGGUAAUACAAUGUUUGUACUUGACCUCUUAGCGUGGAACAUUCAGCCAAUGUGCGAUGGAGAGACUGACUUUCGACAUUUUUGGUUACAAACACACCUAGCUGAAAUAGAUGAAUUGAAAAGGAUAACCAAAACGAAUAAUGUAAUUUUUUCUUUGCUGCCAAAGAUACCGUGUACUCCAGACUCCUUCAAUGAGUUUAUGAUGAAAUAUCCCGCAUUUCCGAACAACAAUCCAAGCUUGGAUGGAUUCUUAUUUUACCACAAAAGGGCACACUAUGUGUCUGGGGAAACGCCACUAGUGGGAUGGCUGUUUCCUUUCAUGGUACCGGAAGUUAUGGGAGAAGAUGUGAAGAUAUCUCAAGCAUAUUUAAUACAGAAACCUAUAGAUUAUACAAAUCAAGCUGAAUUCAUACAAAAUUUUAACCGGAAACAUGCAAAGAAACAAAGAAAAAUUGGUUGCGCGAUGGAUACUUCGGAAAUGGUUAAGAAUGAGAACGAUGAUAGUGUUGACCAAAGUAUAUCAAGUAAUAAAAAAGGCGGGAAAACUGAAGAAAAUAGUAAAAUGGAAGCCGAAGUUAUAGACGAACAUAAAGACCAGAUUGCGUGCAGUUUACAGUCUUACACCUAGCCUACGAACUCUAGUGCGAUUCUCGAAGUCGUUCCUUUCAGAUACUACGAACUUUUUCCUCAGCAAAGCGGGUCGGGAGAGUUAUUUGCGACCAACACAAAUAUUUUUACCAACGCGGCAAUCGAAACCUCAACUAGUUUAUUUACGAUGCCACACGAAUUACAAUCGUUUAAAGAAGAAAAAUAAGCAAUAAAGUGUUUAUGUUAUGGCAAGGACAAUGAUGUUUGUAGAUCCUUUAAGUUUGUGAUAAUCAUAUUUAUGUAUGCAUUAUGUGAUUCCAAACAGGUUAGACCAUAUCAUGGACAUGCCUUUAUAUUUAAUGUUAAUUAGUUUUCCUACAAUUUCAGCAAUUUAUUAUUUUUUCCAACAUGCUGCAUCGAGGCAGUGAAUUUUAAACCCUGGCUGUGUAACUUCUUUAAAAUGACAGUGUUGCCAACAUGUCAUGUUCUGGUAUGUAACUACUAAAAAUGUCUUUAAAUAGAAUAUCAGUAACGCUAAGUGUUAAUGACGUGGGAAUAUGUUGUUGACCUUCCAGAAGGUAUUAUUGUUAACUCCACUACAAUUUAAUACAUAUUUUAACACAUAAAGGUGUGAUUUGAAUUGCUUAGAGUUUGGAAAAUAUAAUCAAUGAAAUCACAUAGUUCUAAUAAUUGUGAAAGCGCGUUGUAAGCUUAACCAUUUGUAUAAUUUACCCAUAGCGUAUUUCCUUCAGGAAUUUGAUAAUAUUUAUGUAUAUAGAUAAAUGUGUCAGUUAACUGCAGUUUUCAUUAAAUGAUCCCAAUUUUAAUCUGCGAUCCAAUCCUGAAAAUAAUGCAAUAAAAAUAAUUACUUUUGUAAGCAAUGUAAAAAAAAAAAAAUUGUUCUGAUUGGUAAAUUUUUGCGAUGGAUUGAAAUAACGAUUGGGAUCGUUUAUUGAUAACGAUUAUUUAAUACCUAUUUUCAAGAACUCAAACAGCUGGUUUCAAUAUCUUACCCACAGAUUAUAAACAGUUGCUAUUCUUAUUUUUUGUGGUUAUCCCUGUUUCUAUAAACCAAGAUAGAUAAGAAUAUCUCACCCGUGAAGUUUAGCUAUCUAUUGGAAAUCGAAUAUGAUUACUAUCAUUGGUAUGUUUUGUUUUUGCCAAAGAUGACUAUAGGGCUAUUAAUUAUUAUUAUAAUCAUCUAUACAGUAUUUAAAUUGCUAUACAUUAAAUUAAAUGUAAUAAUAUUGAAAAUAAUUAUAGUUGAAAACUUAAAAAGUAAUCAUAUUUUUUUAACAUAACAUUACUAAUACUCGGUGCAAAAAUAAAACGCUUGUAACUUUUACUAUCCAGUUGAAACUAUACCAGAUACGAAACCAGACAGCAAACUUCAGUUAAAUGUUAGUAAGUUAUUGAAACCGACCGGAAAUAUUUGUCACUGGUAAUGUACAGCUAAAUCUGUUUUUACUUAAACCUAUUUCAAACUAUAAGCCCCGAGGAAACAGUAGAUAUAAUUUAUGUUUACAGGGUGGAUAUUGUUGACCUGCUGGAACAGGUACAAUACUUUAAUAUGCAUUGAUUUAUAAUUCAUCAUUUUACACUGCGUUAAUAAAUGUGAAAACACAUACUCGCCUACUUCUGCCAACUUUGUGCCAAAAAGUAUCAAUGGAUAACGAAUAUUUUCACCAAAAUUCGCUGUCUUAGUUUUUUUUAAUUAAAAUCACACUUUAGUCUACAUAUACUGUGUGUAUUGUAUUGCUUGCUGUAAAUGUCAUGUUACCAAUGGGAAAAAAAUGCCAAAUUGCAAAAAAAAAAUUGAGUAGUAGAAGUGCCUUUGGGCGUGUAAAAUUAAAAUGAACUUUUAUUAAUAUUUAUUUUGUUCGCUACUUACACUUUCUUAUUUUUUUUUACUCUGUAUGGAUGUCCAUACAGAGUAACAAAUUGUAAAGUGUUAUUUCAAGAUAAGAAUGUGGUUUAAUUUAGUAAUACAAUGUCAAAAUGAGCCUGUAGAAUCACAGAUAUCCUAGCAGUCUAAUAUAUGUAUCUUCAGCAGUCUAAUAACUUCGUACUGAAUUGUACGUUAAAAAUAUUCAAAUAAAUGUCAGUAGUUUGGAUGUAUACUUUAUACUACAAUUAUAAUUUAUAUGUGCUGCUCACUGAGUAAUACAGUGGAGUGAAAUGUGAAUAAUUUAAAAAGUUGUGCAUCUGAAAUAAACGGCACGUUAAUUGUCGAUGAUU